AACAUGAGUGGAACGCUGUUGUCCGUUCUUUUAUUUAUCGUGAUAAGUGCGCCCACGUUGCACGCCCAGAUACGUUGCAUGAUUCCUGUGCCGGGCAAAAUGCCCAAAGGCCAAAAACGCGACUUGGAUAGCGAUGUAUCCGAAAGGUUUGGGGCCUCAAGUCUAGAAACGUUGGACAUUGAAGCGGAUGCUGAUAAAUCCUCACAUGAAGGCACAGACAAAUAUAAUGAAAACGAACUGAACUUCAAUGAAGAUGGACGUGCCAUUAAACCAGGCAAUGGGAAAGUUACGACAAAAAAGCCACCGCCAUACAGAAUAAAAAAGCCAUACAGGCAGAGCACCUUAAUGCGGAAUCCGAACUAUAAAAGGGUCAACAGGAAGCUUGACAGGAUCGCCCAAAGGAUGUUCAUGCUAGAAUUGCCACUGCCGCAUCCUGGUGCCCAGGCAGGCAGCUCCAAUGGCUGUGACCAGUCCACAUCAAAACCGACUGCCAAAUUUAUUAAAGUCAAAAGUUAAUAAGCAACUGAUUUUCAACCGAACCGGUUACGCGAACCAGAACACGAACCGAACCAAAGAACCGAACCAUUAUCUUUAUAAAAUACCUUCAAAUAUUUACAUUAUUAGCAGUAAAAACGAACAAUUUUCAAUGUA